AUGAGCGACCUUGAACCAAACGCCAAGCCGGCUACAACAGCCCAGAUGUCUGCAACAGUCGUUCAGUCGACUACGAGUUUUGCCGAAGUUUUAAAUCCCAUAGCAAUUGACGAAGAUGGGGACCUGGAGAUUGCAGUCGGCUCGGGCGACGAUACACAGUCCUUCAUCGUCUGCGCAAAGACACUUGCCCGCCAUUCACCAGUGUUCAAGCGAAUGCUGUUUGGUGGCUUCAAGGAGUCCAAGCCCACGAGGAAUGAAACCGUCGACUGGGUGGUGGAGCUUCCUGACGACAACCCAAAGCCUUUUAAAAUUCUUCUAGACAUCAUCCAUGGGUGGUUCGAGCAGGUCCCGGAGCUGCCGACUCUCAAUGAGCUGACUGCACUUCUCGUUUUGACCGACAAAUACGACGUCACCUCUCUCACGCGGCCCUGGGCCGUGAGAUGGAUGAAGGGCGUUCAAUUCGAAACUCAACACCUCAACCUGCUGCCCGUCGCCUGGGAGCUUGGCAAAGAGGACGUAUUCGACGCAAUGGUAACAAAGAUUGCAAACGAGUCAGCUCGGUCACCCGACGGGAGUGAGCGGCUGCAGUACGGAGGCCUCUAUCUCGAUGAAGUGACUGCCUUGGAGCCUCCAGGGCUAUUCGAGGCUAUCCGACAACAUCGCGCGGCGGGAGUCGCCGCAGAGCUCAGCCCCUACAUGGAGCUCUAUACCAAGUUGACCACUGCCACCGGGAGCGACUUUUGGUGUACUCGUAGUGCGGAAUUGGCCGACCGUCACAUCUGCGACAGCAUGCUUCUUGGGUCCCUGGUUAUGGGCCUCCUGAGAAAAGGCAUUCCCAUCACUGCGGCGCAGCCUGCGGAACAAUAUCUCGGGAGUUUGUCUUUCCUGAGAGCUACCCUCAGAGACUUGCAGCUCUUUGUGAAUCACGAAGUUGAAAUAAGCCCAGUGGUUUUGACAUGCAGGGAAAAACUGGUCGAUUGGAUGGAGCAAAGGUCUGGUCCGGCGAAGAGGUUGAAGGAUGAGGCUGUUCUGGUACAACACAGCCACAAGAUUCGUCUCCUUCAACAGGCGCAAAAGACUGGGAUAGAUAGACUCCCUGCGAGCGCGAACACAUCGGCAUCAAGACUGCAUACCUCUAUUUGA